AUGAAUACUUUGCAUCAGUUCAAGGUAAAACAAAUCUGGAAGGAUGUAUUUACUGACUUAGAAAGUGGGAUUAAACAUUAUCUAAUAGAAGUUGGCUCCAAACCAAGUUUUGGGGACAUUAUCCAAUCUAUCAAGACAAAUGAAGACUGUGGUGUUUUUGUACAUUGUUUUGAUAAAGAUACCCAUCAAGGACAUGCAUACUUUGUUACUGUUAAGGCAGUCAAUAAUGCAAAUUUAGUAACAACUGCAUCAUCAUGGGGCUACAUUUAUGAUACAACUCCACCAGAAGAUGGACAAGUAUUUGAUGGAUUUUUGCAUGACACUGAGAUGACAAGAAAAGACAUAGAUUUUCAAACAAACUCAGAUCAGCUUGGUGCUCAUUGGGAAAAAUUCUAUGACCCACAUACAACAAUAAAGACCUACAAAAUUGCGAUAGGAACCUGUACUGGAUGUGAUGACGUAUUACAAACACAUGAUAUCGGAUUAAUACAUGGUAUUGCUAAAUUCUUCAAGUUCGUGUUGAAAGGAAUAAAUUUUGCUGGUGGUGGGCGAUAUUACACGACAGUCACCGCAUGUAAUACAGCUGACCUUUGUUCGUCUGUCACUUCUGAUGGAGUUACUAUUGACAACAGUCCUCCAAAUAUUGGAAAAGUGAAGGAUGGAGCAGAUUAUAUAGACAUACACUAUCAAUUUUCAAGAUCGUAUGUAGCUGCAACUUGGCAUGGUUUUAACGAUCCACAAUCAGGUUUAGAUAAAUACACCAUUAGAGUGGGAACAACAAUUGGAGGAAGUGAUAUUAUAUCUCAGACUGAAUUCCCGUUGACGGAUAUAGUUGUGUUUCCCAAUAUUAUUAAACCAAUUUCAACAAACUCCAGAAUCUACGUAACUGUCCGUGCAUACAAUAAAGCAGGUCUUUACUCUGAAGCGACAUCAAAUGGUGUUUUGAUUGAUGAUUCCCCUCCAAUUUUCAGUCGCAAACCUGAAUUAUUUGAGCAGUUGGGAUCGAUGAUGGAAAACUCAAUUAUUUAUAUGAGUUGUUUGAAAGUCUCUUGGGAAGUAAGCGACGGCGACUCUUACAUUGAAAGACAGUAUAUAUCAGUUACCUCUCACAGAGGUGGUGAAAUUAAUUCAACUUCUACAAAGCUUAAUGGAAUAGUUCGUGAUUAUAUCUUUACCAGACUGAAUCUUCACGAUGGUGGCGAAUACUUUGUAAAUGUUAUUGCAUGCAACGGGGCUAAAGCGUGUGUAAGAGAGACAUCUGGUGGUAUUUUCGUAGACAACUCACCACCAAUUGCAGGAACGUUUGCUAUUGAAACGGACCAUGCUGCUAAAUUGAAUCGUCAUGUUGAUGGUUGGUGGAUGAAGUGGUCAACAUUCAAACUGUGGUUGUCAUGGAUAGGAUUCUCUGAUCUUCAUUCUGGUAUAGACUACUAUAUGGUAUCUGUUGGUAGUAUAUAUAUGCUGGAUGAUCUUAAUAGUGAUAAUAAACAAAAGAAAUUUCAUCACAAUGACGAUGGCGUAGAUAAAGGAGACGAGGGGAAAGUGCAGACUUUUGAAGUAGAUACGAAAAAAUUAACUGACUACAACUAUGUGUUCAUCAGUGUUUGGGCAGUUAAUAAAGUUGGACUUCAAAGUGAUAUGAUUCACAGUCAAUUCCGUUUGAUUCCUGGUGGUUCACUCGAGUUGAUACGACGAUGCUCUUCUAGUACAUGUCUAGGACACUGUGUAUGUGCACCAAAAGAUCAAAGAUGCCCUAUUGAGGAAUCGUCUUGUGUAGACACUACACAUAAAAACACAAAUACCUUAAUUGCUAUCUAUGACUUGACUGACUUACGACAAGGGGAAACAGAGGAUAUCAACUUUACGCCCUCAUAUGACACAUUAGCAGCUAGAUGGAGAAUAGUUCAAAUUCAAGGCUUAUUGCCUCAAUGGUAUGAAUGGAGUGUAGGAAUAACAGAAUCUAAUGAACCAGAAGGGAUAAUUGAUGGCUCUGUGGAAAAUGUUUGGCAUCCUUGUGGUCAAAUAGAUUAUGCUAUCUACACUUUACCUCGAGGAAAAGUUCUAAAUGAGUUUCAGACAUACUCAUUCUUUGUCAGAGCAUGGUAUGAUAGCAACACUUUUGCUGACUUCAAAUCUAAUGGUGUUACAGUUAUGUCAAAACAUCUGACGACAACGAACUUUAUUGGGACGGGGGUAAUGGAAACUAUCCCUGGACACUGGAAAAAGGAUAUUGAUUAUAUGCUACGAGGAGGGAUAUUUUCUGUUUCAUGGCAUAACGCAUUUGUCAAGGCCAGCACUGUUAUAGAGAGAUUCCAUGUUUAUUUGAGUACUUACCCGGGUGGUUAUGACAUACACAAAGUUGAAAUAGAUAUUCCGGGAUCGGUUUCAACGGUUAACAUCAGCCGAGUUCCACUGCUACCCGGUGUUUGGUAUUAUUCUAAUGUGGUUGGUUACAGUUAUGCUGGACAUCACGUGACACUGUCAUCAGAUGGGUUUACUGUUGAUAUAGAUAAACCUUUAAUCGGAGUUGUGCAUGACGGCAUCGGACACAGGGAAAUUGAUUAUCAAAACAGUUCACGGGUCGUUGCUGCAUCUUGGAGUGGUUUUGUAGAUCAUGACUCCGGUAUUCAGAAUUAUUACUGGUGUGUUCAAAAUGAAAUCACUGGUACAGAAUGUGAUGUGCUGCCUUAUCAAAAUGUUGGUAUUCAAAGAUCAGUAUCCAAAUCUAUCAACUCUUCUAAGAUACAUUCAGGUUCUAAGGUAGUAAGCAAGGUAUAUGCUGUUGAUUUUGUUGGCCAUGUAUCGGACAUUGCAACAUCGGAUGGUGUCACAAUUGAUGAAACCCCACCAAAACCGGUAAAGCUGAUUUUCACUGAAAAAAGUAUGAUAAAGAACCCAUCAUUUGAAGACGGUGGUAAUGACUUUGUAGACAUUUCAAACAUUUCUGCAGCUUAUAUUUGUGGAUAUACAAAACCAGAUCACUGGAAUUCUUCCGAUGAGGAUUGCAUUUGCGUCCUGGGUUCAUCAAAAUCUAUUGCUAUGGAUGGUCGAUCAUUUUUAUUUCUCAGAGGAAGUGUAUUGCAAACAUUAUUUAACUUACAAAUAGACAACACAUACAGUAUUAAAUUCUUUACUGCUUAUGUCCCCUUUGAAGAUUCAGUGCUUUCUAAUAAAGAAGGUUAUAUUGAAUUUGGAAAUGAAAGACAUGUGUUUCUUGUGUACCAAAAGCCAGGCAAACAUGGUUCUGACAUUGAAGUAUCCUGGCAUUCUCAUACAUUUUUCUUUACCGCUAAGAAUACAAAAGUUAAUAUUUCAUUUGGAAGCAUGGACGACACCACAGGCAUUUUACUCGAUGAUAUUCAGAUAUCUAAGGCUGAAGUAUUUGAUGUAGAGAUAAACUCUUAUCCAGUUUUAUCUCACGCAAUAUGGCUACACGAAUGGUCAUCAAUACAUGCCUCAUGGCAAUUUGUUGAUGAGGAAAGUCCUAUUGUUGAAUAUCUCUGGGCUAUUGGUUAUAAAGAAGGGAGCACAGAAAUACAGAGAUAUACAAGUGUUGGGCUGAACACCUUUGCCAAUAAUAAUAAUAUUACAUUAGCACAUACUUCUCAAGUCCACAUAACAGUUGUUUCGAUCAAUGGUGCUGGGUUGUCGUCAGUAGCCACAGCAGAAACACUUUUUAUUGAUCUAACACCUCCUGAUAUAGAAUUCGUUUAUGAUGGAAUCGGUUAUGACAUAGACAGUCAAACCACAGAUGAAAUUAUUGCUAACUGGAGGGUAGAAGAUUUGGAGUCUGGAUUAUCGUAUUGUGAAUGGGCAAUCGGUUUUAGUGAAUUAGGUAAUGAGGUCCAAGCGUUCGUCCGAAUAUCGUCUGAACUGUCAUCUGCGUCUAAAGUAUUUGACCAUAGUUUGUUGUCAUCGAAGACGGUCUAUGUAACUCUACGAUGUCACAAUAAGGCAGGCUUACACAUCAAGAAAUCAUCAAAUGGAGUUACAAUAUCAGACAGUCCUCCAUCUAUACAGAAUGCUCAGGUUCAAAUUCUUGACCAACCUAUUACAGAGUACAAAAGUAAAUCAAACUUCCAUGGAAACACCUCUACUGUGCGGUUGAAAUGGAUGGGCUUUGAAGAUAAAUUAGGCUUAGAUUCAUUUCUUGUUGAAUUUGAAAACCAAGACAAGACGGUUCCAUUAUCAGAGACAGUUCUUUAUGAUCAUGGUGGUGUAAUGUACUGUAGUAUGACUGGUUUGGACUUGCAUGAUGAACAGUACGUAGCCAGAGUAUCCGCAAUUAACAAUGCAUUUCUAUCAAGUCAACCUGUAUCAACAAAUAUUUCUGUGUCAACAAAAAAUCCUCAAAUAUCAGAAACAAAGUCCAUCACAACGUUUGAAACGAACAGAACUUUGACCAUAAACUGGAAAACGUAUUUUACCUCGGCAUUUACCUUGUACUAUGAAGUGUCUGUAGGGACAGCUUCAAAUGGAGCAGAUAUUGUACAGUGGCAGGAGACGACAAGUGAAUUUCUUGUGAUGCAUGUCCCACUCCAGGUUAAAUUGUACAAUGGAAUGACGAUUUAUAUUACAAUAACAGCCAUUGGAUUAAAUGGGAAGCAUACAACAAAAACUAUUGCUAUGACUGUGUAAUCAUAGGAUAUAUACUAUGUGCGUUGACACAUAUUUGCAAUUAUCUUGUAAACGCCGAUUGCGGCAAGACUCUUCCCUCAUUAUGCUUUGUGUUUUGUU